GAGUGUUGCUGUGUGGUUUCUCACUAUUGCUGUACAGAGCUCCGCGUAUGAGGGCUGUGACUCAGAACACUGUGCCCUCUGCCUGCCCGCCUGCCUGCUAGUCUGAAUCACAUCCCAGUCCUCUCUCUGCCACUAACACCUCAACUGGACUCCAGAAUGUCUCCCAGCAGAACCAGGAACCCCGUCUCACUGUGGCUCCUCUGCUCUGCUCUCUGGAUGAUAGGGGGCUCCGUCUCAGUGAAGGUGACAGCGGAGAGACCCCAGGUGUUUGCCCGGGUUGGGGAUGCGGUCAGUCUGGGGGUACGCAUCACGAUGAGCUCUCCAGUGGAUUCCCCCCAAUCCGUCAUGUGGAGUGUGAAACAGGGAACAGACACACGCCGGGUCCUGCGCUACGACCUGAACGGUGGUCCUCCGGUUCCGCUGCCACAGUACCAGGGCCGGGCCCACUACUUCAAUGGGUCUCUGGAGCUCUGCAAUCUCAGCCUGUCUGAUGCAGGACUGUAUAAAGUGGUGGUCUCUGACAUGAAGGGGGCAGAGGUACAGACAGAAGUAACCCUCACUGUGGAAGUCCCCGUUUCUGUGCCUUCAAUUACCAGGCACACCCGUCCUCAAGACCCCAUGCACAGCCUGGUCCUCUCCUGCUCAGCUUUGCAGGGGACCAGCCUCAACUUCUCCUGGUACCAGAAUGGGAGUCUCAUCCACAACUCCCCCAAUCUGUCCCUCUCGAACCCGGGACCUCCCCACUGCACCGUCUACACCUGCGUGGUCAGCAACGCUGUCAGCGCAGAGGAGGCAGCCUUUGGUGAUAUUCCUCUGUGUGCUGAAAGCAACAACAGCAAGCUGCUGCUGAUCGCGGUUCCUUGCAGUGCGGCCAUUCUCAUUGUCGUCGUCAUCCUGGCGUUCAUCGCACACAAAUCUCAGCAGAGAUGUGGUAAGAAAGCUGAUGCAGAACAAUCCGACUCUAUAUAUGAACCCAUGUACCCUAGUUUGAGGAGGCCUGGUGCUCAUGCUGUGGUAGAGCAACCCCAGAGAACGCAGCAACAGCAGAGCAGAACAACACAACUCCAAUUAGCAACUGAGUACAAACCUAGCAGGCAAAUGGAAAGAGCCAGCAAGCAAGAAAAACUCAAGAGCUCUCAUUCACCCUAAUCUACAGUUAAACAAGGUUAUGGUCAGAGCGGAGAGACAGGGAGGUAAAUAGUGUGGCCUAGUGGUUUGAGCUAAAGGACUAAGAGCGAGGCAAUGUGGCCUAGCGUUAAGGUUGAGGGACUGGAGAAAUACAAAUAUCACUGCUGAAAUAAUAAUAUUUAAUAAUUAAAUAACUCUGGUAGAAAGGAGGGCGACCCUCUAUAGGAUUAAGCGAUUACAGAUGAUGAAUGGUAGAAAGGACCUCAGUGGGAAAUAUAGAAAGUACCACAGUCCCAAAACUAUCAUGAGUAAUGUAAAGAAUGAUUCAAAUAAUUCAUAUUCAUUGUGUUUCUGUCUGAGCCACGGAAAUGUCACAUUGUGUUUGUUUGUAAAAAGUACAAUCUUUUGGUUUUUUUUUAAAUAUAUUCUUGGU